AUGGAUAAAACUGAUCAGAUGGAUAAAAAACUACCAAGUAUCGUGCAAAAACAUACAGAACAUAAUAAAUACGCUUCAAAGCCCAUUAACAUGCAAGAGAUCGCGAAAGCAUUAUCAAAAAUGGCAAUUGUCAGCGUUCCGGUGGAUAUCGUGGAAAUUCCAGAAGA